AUGACACGCACCCUCAUCGUCUUCGGCGCCGGGCCCGGAAUCGGCAACAACGUCGCGACCCAGUUCGCAUCCAAAGGCAUCGAGCAUAUCAUUCUCCUAUCCCGCAAUACAGAACGUCUCCAAAAUGAAGAUGCGCCCUUCGUCGCCAGGAGCACCUCCCCUGUCAAAGUCGACACACUCCGCAUCGAUCUCGCAGAUACAAAUUCCAUCCCAGACGUACUCAAGCAACUCGAAAGCAUGACUGAAGGCGAAGACGUAGAGGUCGUCUUCUUCAACGCUGCUCGUAUAAAGCCAAGUGAAGUACUCGGCGUCAGUGUUGAGGAAAUCGAUGAGGAUUUCAAAACGACUAACCUCGCCCUUUACAUUGUAGCACAGCAUUACAUCCCCAAACUUCAAAAGCUGGCUAAAUCCAACUCCACGAGCAAACCAGCCCUGCUUGUCACCAACAGCCAUCUACCUUGGGACCCUGUACCACAACUCCUCUCGCUGAGCUUGGUGAAGGCGUCGCAGAAGAACAUGGUUGAGAGCUUCAAUCGUGCUUUUGCUGAUAGUGGUGUGCACAUCGGGCUCAUCUAUGUUGAAGGGUCUGUAGCGCUCGAGAACAAGGUGCUGAACCCGAAGACAAUUGCGGAAAGGACUGUGGCAUUUUGGGAGGGAGGAGAAGGUGUAGGUCUCAGCAUCAAGGAAGAGUAA